AUUCACGAUAAUUAAUUUUUAAAUAUAUUAUACAUUCAUAAUGACUAUUAAAGCUGUUGCAGUUUUUACUCCUGAUAAACCAUCUAUCAAAGUAGGUGGUACUAUUACUUUCAUUCAGGAAAGUGAAAAUGGGCCCACGGAAAUUGAUAUUAAAAUUGAAGGAUUAGCUCCUGGUGAACAUGGAUUCCACAUCCAUGAAUUCGGUGAUAACACGAAUGGAUGCACUUCAGCUGGACCUCAUUUUAACCCAUUCGGUAAAACUCAUGGAGCUCCUAAGGAUGAUGAUCGUCACGUUGGCGAUUUGGGUAAUGUUACUGCUGGCCCGGAUGGUAAAGUUGCUACUAAAAUUACUGAUGACCAAAUUAAAUUAAGUGGUCCCAACUCUGUAAUCGGACGUACUAUCGUUAUUCAUGCUGAUGUUGAUGACCUUGGUAAAGGUGGUCAUGAACUAUCUCUUAAAACUGGUAAUGCGGGUGAUCGUCUUGCUUGUGGUGUUAUCGGUAUCACCAAAUAAAUUACAUACUAUACACAUAUAUUUAUAUUGUAUAUUAUAUAAAAAGGUAUAGCCGGGCCACCAGAAGAACGAUCAUCACCAAAAUAUUAUUUUAGGAGUGAACUGUGAAGAAAAAAUUCAUUUUUUUUUUCAAUUUUUAUUGUAGCCAAUAUUUUGUAAUAAUUGUAUGUAUAUAUCUUAUUGCGUGUUUCUUUUUAUUUUGGAAAUAAAUUUGAGUGAUUAAUUUGAAAAGAACUAACAA